ACCACGCUGAUUCGCUGCUUUCCUCUAAAGGAGUGGUGCUGGGUCUGCUCAACUUGCAAGAGAGCUGCUGAAUGAGAAGACCACUUCAAAGCAGUCUUAACCAACUCCGGCAAAGACAUUGCAGGGUUCCUGAGGAUCGCUCUUCCACACCACGCGCAUAGAGCAGCUCUUCCUAUGGAACAGGGCAAUGCAGUUCUCUCGGUCGUAGUUGGUGGGUCUGAAAACGCUGUCAGUGAGGAAGACGAAGAUGAGAUCAGAAUGCGAGAUAUAGGUCAGGGGAAAAAAAAUCAUAUUUACUGGGCCAAAUUCAUCCCUGGUACAACUCCAGUGACUUCAGGGGAAGUAACUUCAGGGAUUAAUUUAGCCCAUAGUACUUGCUGGUGGUAUUGACUGUUGCUAUGGCAACACAGCGCUCUGCUCUCCAGUCUUAGCAGUUUUGAGUCUCAUAUCUUCAACACACAAGGCCGUGGUGCCCCUUGACACCAGAAGACCAUCGGGAUCCCCCGUAGCAGCAAUGGACGUCUUCUUGAUGAUCCGUCGCCACAAAAUGACCAUCUUUGCUGAUGCCAAGGAGACGACCACCGUGCAGGAGCUGAAGAAGAUUGUGGAGGGCAUCCUGAAGAGGCCUCCGGAGGAGCAGCAGCUAUACAAGGAUGACUGGUUGCUGGAGGAUGGUGACAGGACCUUGAUAGAAUGUGGGUUAAGCAGUCAGACCUCCCGUCCCCAGGCGCCAGCCAUGGUGGGCUUGGCCUUAUUCAGAGCCAGCGAGGGCUCCUUUGAGCCAUUGCACAUCGACCCCUUCUCCAGCACCCCUGAGCUGCCUGAUGUCUUGAAGCCUCAAGAUUCUGGUAGCAGCUCUGGCGAGCAGCCUAUGCAGUGAAACCAGGGUCCACUGCUCUAUCACAUAGAUGUAGUGCUGAUCAUGCACCAGUCACAGCUGUGUGCUCAUUUCACUUGCAGCACUUGAAAACACUAUGACUUGACUAAUAAAGCUUUGCUGUUUAUCUUUGCUGGGGUGCCAACAUCUUCUUUUUCAGUCUCUAGAGAGCUAAUUGACAAUGAUUGUUUGCUGGCUUCCUUGCGUCUUAACUUUUGUGCAGAGGUGGUGGGGUGUGACAGUCUAUGCAGCAAACUCUCAAACCUCCUUGUCCAGCCCAAUGUCCGUAGACUUAACCUCAACAUUUACUUCUUCCAAGAACAGUGACAUGAACAAACUACAGGCAACCGGCGUGGCCAGCUUUCCUAUGGAGUCUUGUUAUAUCUGGUGUCUUUUCCUAAAGCCCCAACUUCUGGAAUCAUGUGACUACAUCAGACUCUUGGCUUGCAUUGUUUGUCUUCUAGACUUCAAAUUGUGGAAAGAAGCCUGGAAAAAAGGUUAACCCAGAUGGCUGAAAUAGUAGGCAAACUGCCACCAAACCUCAUGAUUGGCUUGAAAAUAAUCUCCUGACAUUCUGGAAGCUGUCUCAGGACUCGUGGAACAUCCAGGUGGCAAUAUUGUGCCAGUACAAUGUAUGUGGCAACAAAUAACUCAUCACUCUAAAGGUCAGCUCCUAAUUGAGAGGGAACUGUUUGACAGAAUUAUUCAACAAUUGAAGAGGGAGCAGCCAGCAUGUUAAUUAACAGGGGAUGUUAAACUAAGAGGAUAGGAAAAACAAUCCACAUGCACUCACCCACCACAGAGAUGAGCCUCUGACAGAAGUGCAGCUAUUCUAGCUUGGUGUUGAUCUUGGGGGAACAAGAAAAUACUGGCAUUAAAUGAGAGAGCUAGAGAUGACAGAUGUAAUGUGGCAGCAGAAGGGUCAGUAUCAGGGCCGCUCAGUGGG